GGGAACUCUCUGAUAACAACAUUUAUUAUGAUGAGACAGAGUUUUAACGACGACGAGGUGUCACUCUUUGAUGCACAGGAGGAUGGUACUCGGUCAAGAAAGAAGAAAAUCAAGCAUCCAGUGGCUUCCUUCUUUCAUUUGUUCUUCCGGGUCAGCGCCAUCCUAGUGUACCUCCUCUGUGAGUAUCUGAGUAACAGCUUCAUCGCCUGCAUGGUGACCAUCAUUCUCCUGCUGUCCUGUGACUUCUGGACAGUCAAGAAUGUCACAGGUCGACUGAUGGUUGGGCUGAGGUGGUGGAACCAGAUCGAUGACGACGGGAAAAGCCACUGGGUGUUUGAAUCAAGAAAGGAUACAGGAAAGCAGAGUUCUUCAGAUGCAGAGUCCCGAAUCUUUUGGCUCGGCCUGAUCAUCUGUCCCGUUAUCUGGGUCAUCUUUGCCUUCACCACACUCUUUUCCUUCGGAAUCAAGUGGCUGGCAGUGGUGAUCAUGGGAAUCGUCUUACAGGGAGCUAAUCUGUAUGGAUACAUACGCUGUAAAGUGGGCACACGCUCUAACCUAAAAAACAUGGCAACAAGUUACUUUGGACGACAGUUUUUAAAACAGGCUAUGACGAAAGAGGAAGAAACCUAAAGAGAAUUCACCUUCAGGAUUUUAGAAAAGUUUGCAUUAUUCUUAAUGCGAUGUGUAGGUUUUUAAAGACAAUUGUCAAAACGAGGACAUUUUUUAUAUUUUGUUGCUGAAUUCAGCAGAGGGACUGUGGUGAGCUCAGUGAGACGUGGAGGAGAUGACGGCAUCGUCUGGACAAGUCUCUUUGUAUCUGAGCAUAUAUCCACACCAAGCAUUUAUCCAUGCAGUGUUCAUUUGUUGUACCUUUUCUUUACUAACUCCUGCUGUUUUAGUAGAUCAUGCUGAUAGUUUGCAAAGAGAGAGAGAGAGAGAGAACACCAAAGUAAUAACAUAAAUGCUUUACAUUUAUAUGGGAUGAUGUAAAAUAUUUCAUGAAAGUUUACUGGUUUUUCAUCGUAUG